AGUCUAUAUUUUUAUAUCAAAAUCUUAUUCAUAACUCAUAAGAUACACAAAUACUAAUUUCACCCCUUCAUUUUUAAAUUUAUAGCUCGAUGCAUAAUUACACACUCCUCCUACACAUGCAUACAAUUCAUCUCUCUCUAUUUAUAUAUAUAAACACACACACACACACCACACAACGCUCAUAAAGCACACACACUUCACUAGUGAGCAACGGCCGGCCACCACACAAUGGAGCUAAGGAUCUCCUCCCUCCUCCUCCUCCUCCUCGCCGCCGCCGCCUUCUUCUCCGCCAUCCCCGCUGAGGCCCACAACAUCACCCGCAUGCUGGCCAAGCACCCCUCCUUCUCCACCUUCAACCACUACCUCACCGUGACCCACCUCGCCGGCGAGAUCAACCGCCGCCGCACCAUCACCGUCUGCGCCGUCGACAACGGCGCCAUGAACGACCUCCUCGCGAAGCACUACUCCCUCCCCACCAUCAAGAACAUCCUCUCCCUCCACAUCUUCGCCGACUACUUCGGCGCCAAGAAGCUCCACCAGAUCACCAAGGGCUCCACCACCACCUCCUCCCUCUUCCAGGCCACCGGCGAGGCCGCCGGCACCUCCGGCUACGUCAACAUCACCGACAUGAAGGGCGGCAAGGUCGGAUUCUCCCCCGUCGACUCCGAUUCCGACGGCCCCAUGGCCACCUUCGUCAAAUCACUAGAGGAACUCCCCUACGAUAUUGCUGUGCUCCAAAUCAGCAACACUCUCACCUCGCCGGAGGCUGAGGCCCCCGCCGCCGCCCCCACAGACCUCAACGUCACCUCUCUCAUGGCCAAGCAAGGCUGCCAGUCCUUCUCCGACAUGAUCGUCUCACAAGGCGUCGAAUCCACCUUCUCCGACUCCGUCCAAGGCGGCCUCACCGUCUUCUGCCCCUCCGACGAAGCCCUCGACGAUUUCCGACCAAGGUAUAAAAAUCUCACCGCCGACGGGAAGGCGUCGCUGCUGCUGUACCACGGCGUGCCGGUGUACAACUCGCUCGGAAUGCUGAGAUCCAGCAACGGAUUGGUGAACACGCUGGCGACGGAGGGGGCGAAGAAGUUCGACUUCACAGUGCAGAACGACGGCGACGACGUCAAGCUGAAGACGAAGGUGGUGACGGCGACGAUCACCGGGACCUUGAUCGACGAGGAUCCGCUGGCGGUGUUCAAGAUCGACGAGGUCCUGCUGCCGAAGGAGCUGUUCAAGGCGGCGCCGCCGGCUCCGGCGCCGAAGCCGGCGACGAAGUCGAAGAGCAAGAGCAAGGGCGCGGCUGCCGAUGAUGAGGAUGAGGACGCCGACAGCCCUGGCCCCGCCUCCGAGGAUAUCGCGGCGGCGGAUGAGGAUAACAGCAGCAGCGGAGAGAGAGCUCGCGGCGGCGUCGGUGCCGCCGCGCUCUGCUUCACUCUGGUGCUUGGAUUUUUGGCAUACAUUUGUUGAUUUUCUUUUUUUUUCUUUUUCUCUUUUUUUUAAUAUUAUAUUUGUAAUUUAUUUUUUUUGGUUUUGAAAUUGUGGUGUGGAUUUGAUUCAAUUGAAAAAGGUCUCUUUCUUUCUUUUUUUUCUUUUCUUUUCCUCUUUGAUUUUUGUAAUAAAAUUUGAUACAUUUGUGGAAAUUGGAGUAAGAAAAUUUAUAAA